AACUGAUUUAACUGGCAACCUACAGGAGAACCUCUUUGCAGUCAUCAAAGUCUCUGUGUGCUGAAGCUGCUCUUGAAAGAGUUCACACCUUUUUUUGAUUGUUUCUUCUCACUUUUGGCGUACCUUCUCUCUCAUUUCCUUCUUAGGGGCCCUCCAUGCUUCUAUUAGAGCUGCCGGGUUGCACAGAGCUCAUUUCUGCUGUGUGGCCUACUAGAUCAAGAAUCACUGGUUGAGGUGAGCGAUGGAAACAGCAACAGGCGAAUGGUGGGAGGAUCUGGUAGAUUACUUCACUGAGUACAAUAGCUCUGAAGAGAAUGAAUGUUGUGAAGGAGGAGAUGUCUGCGACCUGGAUGAGGGGAUGAGAUUCGAAGCAGUUUUCAUCCCGGUUCUGUAUUCGGUGGCAUUCGUUGUUGGAAUUCUGGGAAAUGGAUUGCUGCUGGGAGUUCUGUUCCAGAGCAGGAGGAACUGGAGCGUGACGGACACCUUCAUCCUCCACCUGGGCGUUGCAGACAUCUUGCUGCUGGUGACGCUGCCCCUCUGGGCUGCACAGUCUGCUAACGUGGAUGGAUGGACCUUUGGUACCCCUCUCUGCAAGAUCACUGGGACCGUUUUCACAAUUAACUUCUACUGUGGGAUUUUUCUCCUGGCCUGCAUCAGUCUGGACCGUUACCUCUCCAUCGUCCAUGCUACCCAGAUGUACACCCGCAGGAAGCCCUGGGUUGUCCACGUCAGCUGCCUGGCGGUGUGGUUCUUCUCCCUGCUUCUCUCCAUCCCUGACUGGAUACUUUUGGAAAACAUGACGGACGACAGGCGAAAGCGAGCAGAGUGUGUUCGUGACUAUUUUAAAUUUGAUGAGCAAUACGCUCGCACCUUAAAAAUAUCGUCACGAGGUCUGUACCACACUGUGGGCUUCCUGCUCCCAUCAGUUAUCCUGAUCAUCUGCUACUCUCGCAUUCUGUGGCAGCUGCGUUGCGGAACUCAAGGCCUCCAGAAACAGAGAGCUUUCAAGGUCAUUAUAGCAGUGGUGGCGGUUUUCUUCAUCUGCUGGACGCCGUACAACAUCGCGCUCAUGGUGGACACGGUCAACCAAAACAACAUCAGCAGUGACUGUGGAACGGCGACAUCUCUGGAUAAAGCUGUAACGGUCACUUCUUCUUUGGGUUACCUGCACUGCAGCUUGAAUCCCAUCCUGUACGCGUUUGUUGGCGUGAAGUUCCGACGACAGCUGCUGAGCAUCUUACAUUCCAUGGGCUGCAAGCUGAAGACAAGAAUGCAGUUUGAAUCUGUCACAAGAAGGAGCUCUGUUUACUCAGAGUCUGCGGACACCUCCAAGUCCAUCGCAAUCUGAUGGUGUAGUAGCCGACAAGGUCAAGAGGUCAUCUACAAGAAGUAUUGAGCUGAAUUGUGAGUCUUUGGGUUAAAACCUGAUGGGAGGUUCGUGUGCAGAUUUUUCCCAUCAGCUCCAAAGGAAUUUCCUGUUUUGGCCAGCUGAGAUGUGCUUCCACAAGUUCACAUCUGCCACACACACACACACACACACACACACACACACACACACACACACACACACACACACACACACACACACACACACACACACACACACAUACGCACACACACACACACACACACACACACACACACACACACACACAUACGCACACACACCCACGCACGCACACACACACACACACACACACACACACACACACACACACACACACACACGUGUGCACACAUACGCACACACACACACACACACACCCACGCACACACACACAAACACACACACACACACACACACACACACACACACACAAGUGUGCGCACACACACACACACACACGAGCACAUACACACACACGCACACACACCCACGCACACACACACACACACACACACACCCACGCACACACACACACACACACACACACGCACACACAUGUGCACACAUACGCACACACACACACACACACACACACACACACACACACACACACGCAAACACACACACAAGUGCGCACACACACACACACACACACACACACGCGCGCAUACACACACACGCACACACACACACACACACACACACGCGUGCACACUUACGCACACACGCAUGCACACUUAUGCACACACACACGCACUUACACACACACGCACACACACGCGCGUGCACACUUACGCACACACACACACACACACACACACACCCACGCACACACACACACGCACGCACACACACCGCAAAACCUUUAACCUUUUCCGAUUAUCUUUAAGAAUGUUUUAAAAAUACUCGGUUAACUCAGUGAUUGUCAUGAUGGAUAUUUUUGCUGUAAAUAUCAAAUUUAUUACAAUGUAUUGUGUUUGUUUUUUUAUUGUAAAUAAACAUAAAUAUCAGUCUGG